GUAUCGGCAGCGUUCCGACCUCCCGAUCAAGGCUUCAUAGUUUACUAACAACGAAAGGAUCCUACGUGCUGGUGAAGGCUUCAUAGUUUUUUAGUAGUACUUGGCUGAUUUUCUUCUUUUUCUAUGAAGGGCACCGACCACUGAAAUAUAAAACACAAUAAACAGCGGCUGUCUUCGUUAGAAAUAUCAAAAACAGGAAAAUAUGAUCGAAACAAGGCAUGUCAGAAAAUAUUGACUUAUCAAAAAGGAGUUGACUAGUAAUAAUAAAGUAGCUCGACGUGAUAGUUGUGUUCUAGAAAAACGAAGAUGCAGGCAAAAGCAACAUCAAUAAGCUUGGCCCAAGCAAUAAAGUGAAACUAGUAUUAUAUAUAUUAUAGGAUAGCAAAAAGUGCGGAUAAAAAGAAAAGGGCUAAGGGGUAACAACAAUGUAGUCUGUCAUUGAAUUUAUAACUAAUAUAUAUACGUAACUUUGCUUGGGUAACAGCCACUACAUACGUAACUUUGCUUGGGUAACAACCACUACAUGCUUAACUUGGCUUGGGGAACAACCACUACAUGCUUAACUUUGCUUGGGGACUGUGCUUGGGUAACAACCACUAUUUUUACUUCCGUAGCUUGGCAGCUAACGUUUGCUAAGAGCACGAUGUGUCAUAUGUCUUACUUUGACUUGAUCUUGAAUCAAGAAAUAGUAGCUGAGUUUAUUCCCCUUUAAAUCUGAAUCUGAUUCUAAAUCCUCUUGAAGUCUAAGAUUUGUUGUUAAAGCUUUAACUUUCUAUGAUAGAUUUUUUUUGAAGAUACAGUUAGGUUUUGCAAAGCCAGUCACCGCUCUGAUUGAUUCCCCGUAUCCCCUUUUCAGGCUUUGCAAUUCCGCUGCCGACCGAAGGGACACACUGUCGGAACUGUAUCACCCCGCCGGUAGGCUAGGAGUACGACUAGGGAUGCAUAUGAAUGAAUGAGUUAGCUAGGAAGUUGUCUUUGUUGAGUCGGUCUGUCGAGGUGGAUCCAGUUGUAGGCUUUUCUUUUGUUUGAGUAGUCGAGAUGGAUCGAAACUAUGAACAAGUGUCACUGCUUGACUGUAUGAAACGAAGAUCUAUUAUCAUUAUCAAGUCUCCUAAGUAGAAGGGUGUGAGGAUGAUAACACAUUUUCGCUUCGUAGACUGAGGUACCAUAAGAUCCCGAUGAGACGCGAAUGAAUCAGGAACCUAGUAGGGUAACCCUCUGCUGGUCUGUUUUCUCGUCGGUUUGACUAGAGUCACCCUACUGAGGAGUUGGUUCACCUGGUUAUGUACCCCUAGAAUGGGUUUACUACUACUACUACUACCUGUGGCGGGGGUAAGUACUUGAUAGUUGAAGUUGAAAUGGCUCAGAGUUAUGGACGGAUAAUGGAUGCCACGAAAAGAGCCUUGCUGAUGCUGUUGAUGUAGAAGAGCUUCACAACUGACAUGAAUGAAUGCGUCAGAAAUUUUUAUUGUCUUGCUGCUUCAAAGGCAGCGAGAGAGAGAUUCUGCUGUUGAGACGAAGCUCGCUUUAGGAGGCGACGAAGAUGAUCAC